GCGCGGACGGAAUCGGCCUGGGAUCGCCAGGCCCAACCAAGCUCCACCAUCCACGCCCACCAGCACAGGAACAAAAUAUCUGCCUGCCGAUCGCCACCGCGUUCUAGCCAUACACGAUACGGCCAUUUUCAGGGCUCAUCGUCCUCGCAAGAACAGGAAGCUAGUGGAUCGGAUUCUUCGGCACCAGGGAGCAAGCAAGCGGUCAGCCAUGGCCGUGGUCGCCUCCACCUCCUUCACGUACCACAAGCCGCGUUUCGCGGUGGUGUGCAGGAAGAACAAGGACGGGCGGGACAGGGAGCGGGAGCGGGACAAGGAGAAGGAGCACAAGCACCCCUUCAAGGUCGUCGAGAUCACGCCGCCGCCGCGCUGCCUCGGUGUCCGCUGCUUCCCCACCAACAUCCACUGCGGCGAGAGCGUGACGAUCGAGGGCCAGGCGUACACGGUGUCGGCGGUGACGCACCGGUACCAGCUGCGCAAGGGGCGGUACGAGCCGAGCGAGAAGCGCCUCGACGUCCUCUCCACCGGCAGAUACAUCCUCAACCUCUACCUCCAAAACCUCCUCGACCAGUCCUAGCGUCCUAGCUGCUACCUCUCCCUCCACAGCUACCACACACACACUACCUGUAAAUAAUGCUGCCCGAUCGAUCACUUGUCAUGGACACCAGUAGUUUUCCCCUGCGUGCUGCUCUGUACAACUGAAGAAGAAAAAAGUAACUGAAGAAAAAAGAAGGUGAAUCGAGGCUAAAGUUCAGCAAA